GGUAGCGUCGCAGCCACCGAAAUAACGACGCCGAUGUGGGCGAUAGCUGCUCGCGUGGGGGACGCGCCGAUGGCAGGAUGCCCGCCUGGUCCCGGCACCCACCGGCGUGGACCUCGUUGGGGGCAAAAAAAUGGGGCUGGAUGAGGCCGUGGCAGCUUGGCUGGGCGAAGGCGGCUCGUAUCUCCUUCCUCUGCUGCUUUUCUGCAGAGAUGCGAAGAAAUGAUAAAGUGGGAGGCUGAUCUCAGGCCGCCGGCGAUGGCCAAAACUGAUUAAAAGCUGAAAGCUUGGAACCCUUCCUGUAUGUGUCAACAUGAAAACAGUCAUUAGAGGCGGCGAGAGCGCGGCGAGAGCGCCUUGCCGCUGCCUCCGACGGCUCUCCGCGCCGAGGGAAGGUUCCCUGGCAGCGAUGGAGGAAGGCGAGGACGGCCCAGCGGGGGAGAAGAGCCCCUCGGAGAGGGAGGGGGCCGCCUCGGACUGCGAGGGCUCUGCCGAGCGCGACAGCUCCAGCCCCCCCGGCAGCGAAGAGUCCAGAGACGCCCCGGAGAGUCCGAAGGAGCCGGAGAAGCCGGAUCCUGGAGAAAACCCGCAGGAGCUGGACGCCUGGAAUGGGCCAGAUGAGCUGGAUCUGGCCGUGCAGGAAGGGGAGAGGCGGGUGCGAACCCGCAGGAGCCUCCCCGAGGGCUUCUCGUGGGGACCCUUCCAGGGCAGCAUCCACAGCGAACCGGCAUCGCCGGGGCACGGCGAGACGAGCCCACCCGUGACGCUGGUGCUGGGGGACGAGAGCUGCUGGCUGUCCCGGCUGCCCCUCGUGCCCGGAGAGUCCGACGCCAACGCCGUGAUCUACAGGAAGGAUGAAGCCCUGUGGUGCCGGACGACGCGUGCCCUGCGGGAGGACGAGGCCGUGUGUGCCUUCGUGGUGGCAGAGCCGCCGGCCAUCCCCAACCACCACGCGGUGAAAGCGGAGCCCGGCGAGUCGCCGUACCCGGCCGCGCUGCACUCGGAUAUUCAGCUGCUGCCGCAGCAAGCCGGCAUGGCCGCCAUCCUGGCCACCGCCGUGGUGAACAAGGACGUCUUUCCGUGCAAGGACUGCGGGAUCUGGUACCGGAGCGAGCGCAACCUGCAAGCCCACCUGAUGUACUACUGUGCCAGCCGGCAGAGCGCCGGCUCGCCCGCCCUGGAGGAGAAGCCCAAGGAGACCUACCCCAACGAGCGCGUCUGCCCCUUCCCCCAGUGCAAGAAGAGCUGCCCCAGCGCCAGCUCCUUGGAGAUCCACAUGCGGAGCCACAGCGGAGAGCGGCCAUUCGUCUGCCUGAUCUGCCUGUCCGCCUUCACCACGAAAGCCAACUGCGAGCGUCACCUGAAGGUACACACGGACACCCUGAACGGCGUCUGCCACAGCUGCGGCUUCAUCUCCACCACGAGGGACAUCCUCUACAGCCACUUGGUCACCAACCACAUGAUAUGCCAGCCAGGCUCCAAGGGAGAGGUCUUCUCGCCGGGACCAGCCCUGCCCGCCGCCAAACCCCUCGCCCCCGGGCUGAGCCAGACGAACAACGUGCCCCUGCGGAAGUGCAGCCUGCCGGCGUUCCUGCCCGAGGCGUUGCCGGCACUGCCGCAGCACGUGGUGCUGCACGGUCCCCUGCCCGCCCCGCCGCCCGGUUCCGACGCCGUGCCCCCCCCGGCACAGCCCGCCUCACCCCCCGACGCCAGGGCCGGCAAGCUGUCGCCACCAGCCCCGCCGCAGAACGGGGAAGGGCCGUCGUCAUCCUCUUCCUCCUCCUCCUCUUCCUCCUCUUCUUCCUCCUCCUCCGGCGAAGCUGUCCGUGUCAAGGAGGAGCCCGCCGGCAGCCCGGUGAGCGAGGUGGAGGCACCGAAAAGCGGCGGCCCCGGGGAGGGGGGCGGCAGCCCCGACGCCUCCUCCCGGACCUCGUCCCCCCGCAGCCUGCCCUCGGCCAAGGUCAAGUCGGAGCUCGCCAGCCCCACGCCGGGCUCCAGCCCGGUGCCCAGCGAGCCGGGGACGGGCACGGCCGGCGGCACCGUCUUCCUACCCCAGUACGUGUUCAGCCACGAAGCCGCGGUGGUGCCGCAGGCGUCGGAGAUCCUGGCGAAGAUGUCGGAGCUGGUGCACAGCCGGCUGAAGCAGGGCCACGGCGGCACGGUGCCGCCCACCGUCUACACCGGCACGCCGGUGCCCAAGGGUGCCACGUGCUUCGAGUGCGAGAUCACCUUCAACAACAUCAACAACUACUACGUGCACAAACGCCUCUACUGCUCCAGCCGGCACCUCGCCGAGGACAGCCCCCCCGGGGCGCGCAAGCUCAAAGCCCCCCCCGGGGCACCCAAGGGUCCUCCCGCCCCAGGGACGCUGCUGUCCCCCCCGGCGGGUGACGGGCAGGGGACGCCGGCGGGGGACGGGGACGCCGGCCGGGAUGCCACGCCGCCGGCCGGCGCGCCGGAGGCGAAGGCAGAAGAGGGGAGCGGCAAAGCGGGGUCCCCCGAGGCGGAGGGGGGGUCGGGGCGGUGCAGCGAGGACAGCCAGAGCCCCGGCAGCUCGGCGGGGGACGAGGGGGACGAGGACCCCAGCAAGACGCUGUGCGAGGCGUGCAACAUCCGCUUCAGCCGCCACGAGACCUACGUGGUCCACAAGCGUUUCUACUGCGCCUCCCGCCACGACCCCCCCCUCCGCCGCCCCAACGCCCCCAAAGUCCCCUUCCCGCCCCAACCCCUCCGCACCCGCAAACGCCGCAAGCUCUACGAGAUCCACGGGGCCGCUCACCGCCCCGCCGAACCCCCGCCGGCGCCCGACCCGUCGCCGGCCCCCGACCCGCCGGGGGCUGCCCCCUCGCCCCGCUCCAGCCCAGAUGCCGACGACGGUCCCAUCGACCUGAGCAAGAAGCCGCGGCGGCAGGGCGAACCGGCACCGGCACCGCUGCCGCCCUUGGCCGACUACCACGAAUGCACCGCUUGCCGCAUCAGCUUCCACAGCCUCGACACCUACCUGGCCCACAAGAAGUACCGGUGCCCGGCCACCCCGCUGCAGCCCCGCACCCUCGAGCACCUCCAGAAGAUGAAGGGGGCCGUGCCAGCCCCCCUCAAGGGCCGACGCAGCCCCGGCAGCCCCGGCGAGGGGGACCCCGAAGGCGUGCGGGCGAGGGCGGCUCCGGCGGCGGGGAGCCCCGGCAUCCCUUACCCCGGCGCGUCCGGGGCGGACUCGCUGCAGCGUCACCCCAAGGGUCCCCUGCCGCCCCUGGGGGCGAAGGGACCCCUCUCCGCCUGUCCCUACUGUCCCCUCAACGGGGCCGUCAAGGGCGACCUCCUCGAGCACUUCCGUAACGCCCACGGGCUUUUCGUGGCCAAGCCGGCGGUGACCGGGCAGGGGGUCCCCGACGCCCCGGUGCCUGGUGCCGGCAGGACGCCCGAGCCCCCGCUGCCCGCGGCGUCGCCCCCCCGCCCGCCAGCCCCCCGUCUCCGCCGGGACAGCUUCAACAGCAAGGAGGGUCGGGAUGGCAGCGGCAGCCCCCGGCCCCCCGCCUCGCCCCGGCCCCCCGCUUCACCCGGAGCCCCCGAGGGACUGCGGGAAGCCGCACGCAAGCCCCCCACCCCCCCCGCCUACACGGACAGGGGGGUGCAGACCCCCCCGGCCAAGGCUGUGCCCGGCCCCGUGCCCAACGGCAACCACAGGUACUGUCGCCUCUGCAACAUCAAGUUCAGCAGCCUCUCCACCUUCAUCGCCCACAAGAAGUAUUAUUGUUCCUCCCACGCUGCUGAGCACGUCAAGUAAAGCCCCCCCCCCCCAAUGCCCCCCCCCACCGCUCAGGGCUAGGGGG